CUCCAUUAGCCGUUAUUUCCUUCAGUUCCUGCAAAUGAAUGUUCAGUCCUAAGGCUUACUGCAUCAUUGAUUGUACUUGAAUAUUGAAAAAUGUGGGAGUACUCAAAAUACCAGAAGGUUGAUCGGGUGAGAUCCUGUGUGAUUUGCUAAUUGUCAGAAGUAGACAGAGGUUAGAUUUUGAAGAGGUCUGUAUCUUUGAAAAAUAAGUACAGACUGUGCCUUGUUCAGUCUUUUUCAAUUAACCACUUAAAAAUUCUCAACUGUUUGGUUUAGUUGUCAGUUAAAUACUUGGUUUCCAGAGUAUUUACUUUCUGAACUGGCAGGAUCUAAGUAAGACAGUAUUAAAUCUCUCAGCUGUCUGUUUACCGGCUUAGACUUGAACCUUAAAGAUGCUCUGGUGCAAAUGGAAACAAGAGUGGCCGGGUUUCACUACAAUGGCUUUAAAAUAUUUCUGAGUUUCAGGAAAGCCAAUAUUAUAAAAGCCCUUUUUGUUGUUGUUUGCAUACACAGAAAAUGAAGUUGUCAGGAGCCUUUUGAUGAGCACAGAUGUUAGGUUUUUGGAAUAACCCCUAACACCCCUUUCCUGGCCCUUCCCGUGAUGGGUCUGAAUAUCUGGUACCACGGACUUCCUCAGACUUCGCACCACGCACGCAUUCUUCAUCAACAUGAGUUUCUGAGCGUGGUUUACUCAACCUGUUGGAAGUUGGACUUUUAACCUAGUUACAGAAAGUCUUUAUCCGGGAGACACUUCCAGCUUUAUUUGUUGGGAUGGCCGUCGUUGUUUCCCUAAUUCCAUCAGUCUUUUGCGAGGAGAGAUGACCGUGGCAAGUCUUGGGGAUCAAGACUUAGAGCUUUCGUUGUUGAGGUUCCUCAGUGCUGAACUAACAAGAGGGUACUUCCUUGAACAUAAUGAGGCCAAGUAUACAGAAAGAAGAGAAAGAGUAUACACUUGUAUGCGAAUACCAAGAGAAUUGGAAAAGCUCAUGGUUUUUGGAAUCUUUCUGUGCCUGGAUGCAUUUCUGUAUGUGUUCACCCUGCUUCCUUUAAGAGUUUUCCUGGCACUAUUCAGGCUCUUCACUCUGCCUUGCUAUGGCUUAAGGGACAGACGUUUGCUUCAGCCUGCUCAGGUGUGUGACAUUCUGAAGGGUGUCAUUUUGGUAAUCUGCUAUUUUAUGAUGCACUAUGUUGACUACUCCAUGAUGUAUCACCUGAUAAGAGGGCAGUCAGUCAUCAAGCUCUACAUCAUCUACAAUAUGCUUGAGGUAGCAGAUCGUCUGUUUUCAUCAUUUGGACAAGAUAUAUUAGAUGCUCUCUAUUGGACAGCAACAGAACCUAAAGAAAGAAAAAGAGCCCAUAUCGGAGUGAUCCCUCACUUUUUCAUGGCUGUUCUCUAUGUCUUUUUGCAUGCAAUUCUCAUCAUGGUUCAAGCAACAACUCUCAAUGUGGCUUUUAACUCCCACAACAAGUCACUGCUUACUAUCAUGAUGUCUAAUAAUUUUGUUGAAAUUAAAGGAAGUGUUUUCAAGAAGUUUGAAAAGAACAAUCUUUUUCAAAUGUCAAAUAGCGAUAUUAAGGAACGAUUCACGAAUUAUGUGCUUUUGCUAAUAGUGUGUCUAAGAAACAUGGAGCAGUUUUCUUGGAAUCCAGAUCACCUCUGGGUGUUGUUUCCAGAUGUCUGUAUGGUGAUUGCAUCAGAAACUGCUGUGGAUAUUGUAAAACAUGCCUUUAUCACCAAGUUCAAUGACAUUACCGCAGAUGUCUACAGUGAAUAUAGAGCCAGCCUUGCUUUUGACCUUGUUAGCAGUCGACAGAAAAAUGCAUAUACUGAUUACAGUGACUCCGUGGCACGGAGGAUGGGGUUCAUCCCUCUCCCACUAGCUGUUCUGCUCAUCAGAGUUGUAACAAGCUCAAUUAAAGUGCAAGGAAUCCUGUCUUAUGCCUGUGUCAUACUCUUCUAUUUUGGGUUGAUAUCCCUGAAAGUACUUAAUAGCAUCGUGCUGUUGGGGAAAUCAUGCCAGUAUGUGAAGGAGGCCAAGAUGGAAGAAAAGUUGUUUAAUCCCCCUCCAGCCAGUGCACCAGGCAAACCACCUAAUAAAUCACAGAGCAAAUGUAAACCCUCUCAAGAAGAAAACCUGUCUGCUUCGGUCACCAGCCAGCCUGUUCAUCCAAAGGAAAAUGUCAUCCCAUUACUUGUGGCAAGCAGUUCUGAUCAGUUUCUCACGACUCCAGAUGGCGAUGAGAAGGACAUAACGCAGGAAAGCUCUGAAUUAAAGCACAGAUCCUCAAAGAAAGAUUUGUUAGAGGUAGACAGGUUUACAAUCUGUGGAAACCGAAUCGACUGAACUCUGUGGCCUCUCGUGUCCAGCAGAGUCCCGGGGUGGAGAUGCUCUGCUCCCGGGACGGACAGAUGCGAAAAAUGGCACUUAAAUAUUUAUUUAAAAACUUAAAUUAUUAAUGGAAAGCGAAUCUUAAUAUCUCUCUUCCAGUAAUGGGGUCUGGCUGCAGGUCAGUUUGCAGAAGAGCAGCGACCUCCAGCCUGGACUCUGGAAACCUGACGGGUUGGAGGAGCCCCACCUGCUCGGUAGAGAGCAGUCGCCCCCGGACCUCACGGGCGAAAUGUCAGAAUCACUCUGCUUUGUCAGUCCGCACUUCCAGAACAUCGAAUUGCCUCGAGGCCUCUUCAGUACAAGGAUAUACCUGGAAAACUGUGAAGCUUUUCCCAUGACAUUACCUUUCCAGUCCCAUACUAUUUUCACAAACAGUUCUCAAACUGUCCUUCGUCUGCCAAAGCAGUAAAAAAAAAAAUAAUUAAACUUAAGUCAAGAUAAAUGUUCUUACCGCCAGAAUAAUCCUUGAAGAAGAUGUAUCUGAAUUAAUCAGAAUAAAAGGCUACCUAAAAUAAUUCGUGAUGAAUAGUAGCGUUUUAUAGGAAAAAACCCUAACCCAGUUUAUUUAAAAAAUAUUCAUUAAUGAAGGUUGCAUCACGGAGAAAAAUGUUUCAUAAUUUUUCAGUUUACUCUUUAAAGCAAAAUGUGAGCUGUGUAUUGUUCCACUGCAAUGGAUGAAAUAGAAAUACCCUUACAAAAAAGCACUUUUUUAUACUGAAAAAGCAGAGCAGUGUUAACUUUAAUGUAUGGUUAACUGGUUUCGCUUUAAAACGAAUUGCUUCAUAAAUUGUUACAGUUAAAAGGAUUUGGUGUUGAAUGGGCUGAAGAAUUGUCAGUGUACAAAAUCCAAAGGUGUGAACUUUAACAGAGUUUUUUAAAGUGACAGCUUUAAGCAAAUAUUCUAAAUGGUUUGGGUAGCGUCUUGCUUGGGCUUCUAAAAUGCGGGAGUCCUGCUGAUUGGAGCGUCUGUAGGGGUGCCUGUGCUGGGGGCCGGUGGCCGUGUGUUUGGGCUGCGAGCGCGGCUGUCGGGGGGGCAGUGAGGUGUGUUGUGUAUGGACGCUGGGAACAGCAACCAAAAGGUGCUUUUUGGUUUUGUUUGAGACCAAGAUUCCAUUUCUGCUAAUUACUAGCUUGUGGCCCACAUCAUAGGACAAGUCAUUUCCCACCACAGUUUUAUCUUGAGAAACCUUUCUGCAUUUUUAUAAAAAUUUUACAGCGUCUCAUUUCAAAAUGUGCAGAUGUAACUGUUAACUGUCAUUUCCUUUGAUGUCUUCAUGUUGAAGUUCAGCUCCUGUGCUGACACUUCGGGCAUAUGAUAUGCAGAAGAUAAAUUUUAGGGGAUCUGUCUCUUUCCUGGGUGAAAUACAAAGCAUGCUUUAAUGUUUUGGCUUCUUUGGCUUCUGUAGAAAUACGGAAGUGAAUCUUAAUGUUUUGCAUUAACUAAAGAAAUACGAAGAUUAAUGUUCAUGUGGGGUAAAAGAGGAAAUCUUAAUGAAAUGCUUUUGUGAAACCAGGAAGUAUUUUAAGUUAAAAAUGAAAAGACUCGUAUUUUAUGUAUAUUUCAACGAAGCCCCAUUUUAGAAUUCUUCUGGUAUCCAUCUCCUCUUCACCACCAAAAGGAACAGUGUCCACGUGAAUGGAAUAGUUUGGGGGAAACUUUGCCAAACGUAGCCCUGAUCAGAGCAAGAAUAUGGUUUGGGUAUAUCUUUCAAUUCAGCUUGAAUUAUCCUGUUAUUAUUGUGCUGUCAUUUUCGGAAGAUUUCAUUUCCUUUGCAGAAUCUAUUGGGAGUUCGGAAUGAUGUUCAUUUCCUCUGUUAAAAUGGCAUUCAGUACUAAUUUUAUAAGUGCAUCUUGUGUGAAACUCAAUAAAUUCAAUUUUGUAAUCUUU